UGCAGCUCGCUCGCGCGCUAUCUGUGGAGGAGCCAUGCCAGGAGUUGCAGGGGAGACGGUGUGCGUCACCGGCGCCGGCGGGUAUAUCGCGUCGUGGCUCGUGAAGCUCCUCCUCGCCCGCGGCUACACCGUCCACGGCACGGUCCGCGACCUCGGUGAGAAGAAGACCGGCCAUCUGAGGUCGUUAGAGAAGGCUUCUGAAAAUCUCAAGCUUUUCAAGGCCGAUCUCCUCGAUUACGAAGCGAUGACGGCUGCCAUAGCGGGAUGCCAGGGGGUUUUCCACGUCGCCUCUCCGGUUCCUUCCGCGAAUCUGACUGAUCCGGAGGUUGAAGUUGUGCGUCCUGCUGUCGUUGGUACCAAAAAUGUACUGGAGGCUGCAUCGGCCGCCAAAGUUCGGCGAGUGGUUGUUGUUUCAUCCAUAGUUGCCGUCGAUAUCAACCCCAAAGGUUGGCCCACAGACAAGAUCAAGGAUGAAAACAGCUGGUCAGACGUAGAAUUUUGCAGGAACAACGAGGAAUGGUAUUCUGUUUCCAAGAUCACAGCGGAGAAGGCAGCGCAUGAAUACGCACAGCGGACCGGCUUGGACGUGGUCACUCUGAACCCAGCGGUGGUGUUUGGUCCCCUGCUGCAGCCAACGGUGAACGCGAGCAGCCAGUUCCUCAUCUACUUCCUCAAAGGAGGACCUGACCGGAUGAGGGACAAGCUAUGGCACAUCGUGGACGUGCGCGACACCGCCGAUGCUCUGCUUCUGCUCUACGAGGCGCCUGAGGCCUCCGGCAGGCACAUCUGCGCGCCACAUAUCAUCACCGCCCAGAACCUGAGGGAGCUGCUGAAGAGCACGUACCCUGAAUACCCUCACAUCACCAAGGACAGCAUCGAUGACAUGGAACACCCGGCGCCGAUGACCACUGACAAGCUGAAGAAGCUGGGGUGGAGCUGCCGGUCGCUAGAGGAGACCAUCGCGGACACCGUAGAGUUCUGCCAUCAAAGUGGGUUCCUAGACGAUGUGGAGGGGGCGGCGCCAUGGCGUUUCCCUCCUCUUUACAACAAGAUUUAGUCCAGCAAUUGCGAGAGAUCAGGGGCCAUCAAUGAUGUUUCGAGGUGCCGAUAUUAGAACUUAAAAGCUUCCACUGUAGCUCACUGGACGCUGUCCAUCCCAGUGACGUCCAUAUGGUGUAGUUUUGUGUAACGAAGCCAUGAAUAAGUUUCCAAAUUCAAAAUUUUCAUUUGUU